GCAGCUGCCGUAAAACUGAAAAGAAGAAGAAGAAGAAGACAUCCGGAGCCGCUUGUUGAUGACGCAACCGCGGCGACACGCGCUCUUUCUUCGUUGUUAGCUGUUAGCAAAGCGGCUUCUUCUCGCUUUUCUCCCCAGCUUUCAGUCAACAAGUGCGCACAGCAGUCAUGUCUGCCGCCGUAGCACAGGCCCGGAAGAGGGUCAUGAAAGACGAGGACAUGACUAAGGUGGAGUUUGAGACCAGCGAGGAGGUGGACGUCACCCCCCUCUUCGAGCAAAUGGGCCUGAGGGAGGACCUGCUGCGCGGCAUCUACGCAUACGGUUUUGAGAAGCCGUCGGCUAUUCAACAGAGAGCCAUCAAGCAGAUCAUCAAAGGCAGAGAUGUCAUCGCCCAGUCCCAGUCUGGAACCGGAAAGACGGCCACCUUCUGCGUGUCGGUGCUGCAGUGCCUGGACACUCAGGUGAGAGAAACCCAAGCAUUGAUCCUCGCCCCGACCAGAGAACUGGCUGGACAGAUCCAGAAGGUGCUGCUGGCUCUGGGAGACUACAUGAAUGUUCAGUGUCACGCUUGCAUUGGCGGGACAAACGUGGGCGAGGACAUCAGGAAGCUGGAUUUCGGUCAACACGUGGUGUCUGGAACGCCCGGACGAGUUUUUGACAUGAUUCGCCGCAGGAGCCUCCGCACGAGAGCCAUCAAGAUGUUGGUGCUGGACGAGGCCGACGAGAUGCUCAACAAAGGUUUCAAGGAGCAGAUCUAUGACGUGUACCGCUACCUGCCUCCCGCCACUCAGGUGGUGCUGAUCAGCGCCACGCUCCCGCACGAAAUCCUGGAGAUGACCAACAAGUUCAUGACCGACCCCAUCCGCAUCCUGGUCAAACGUGACGAGCUGACGUUGGAGGGAAUCAAACAGUUCUUUGUGGCCGUGGAGAGAGAGGAGUGGAAGUUUGACACGCUGUGUGACCUGUACGACACGCUGACCAUCACGCAGGCCGUCAUCUUCUGUAACACCAAGAGAAAGGUGGACUGGCUGACGGAGAAAAUGAGGGAGGCCAACUUCACGGUGUCGUCCAUGCACGGCGACAUGCCGCAGAAGGAGCGUGAGUCCAUCAUGAAGGAGUUCCGAUCAGGAGCCAGUCGAGUGCUCAUCUCCACGGACGUGUGGGCUCGUGGUCUGGACGUUCCUCAGGUGUCCCUCAUCAUCAACUACGACCUGCCCAACAACCGAGAGCUGUACAUCCACAGGAUCGGUCGAUCUGGGCGUUACGGCAGAAAGGGUGUGGCCAUCAACUUUGUGAAGAACGACGACAUCAGGAUCCUGCGGGACAUCGAGCAGUACUACUCCACCCAAAUCGACGAGAUGCCCAUGAACGUCGCUGACCUCAUCUGAUUGGACACAAGCCCCGCCUCUUUUUACUUCCUGCUUGUGAUUUUUGUUUUGUACAUAAAGUUGUGUUGGAAUGUUUUUAUUUCAAACGUGGCAAUAAAAAACAACAAAGAAGGAA